UCUUCAUAUACCACACACAUUUCACAUGAUUCUUAUGAAAUUUAUGUUAUUAUCUUGUAUGAAAAAAAUGCAAAAGUGGCCACUUUGAAGACAAAUAUAUGAAACGCAAACUGAAGGUGACUGAAAGUUACAUUUUUUUAAAAUACGUUUUUUCAAUUUCUUUUACAUAUGGGUACAUAUACUGUUUGGACAUUUUUGUAUUUCCAGUAAACACUUGAUGUAAAGUUAGUUGAGGUUUGACUGUCAUUUGUGUUUAAUAAAUUGGUACCAAAGUCGUGACGUCACACACGUCGUUGUAUCUUAAUCAUAGCUCCUGUGACACAGUAAUGACGCCAUAAAGUGGUGAGUUAGCGCAGGUAAGGACGCCACUGACGGUCUGUAAUUUAUACAAACAGUAGUUAGUAUAUAUUUUGGUCUUAUUUUUUUUCGCGAUUUAAAUCAAGUAAGGCCUGUUUACGUGCUAGCUAGCGUGUGCAUACUAGCAACAUGCUAACUCAAUUAAAGCGAUAGGGAGGCGUUAUUAAAGAGGACCCGGGCCUCAUAGACUUAACGCCAUUGUUGCGUAAAUUCGUGGAUUACUUGUCAAAAAAGAGACAACCCACGGUACGUGUAACUUUCAAAACACUUACUCUCUGGGUUCGUCACAGACAGUCGGUAAAGGAGAAGCCCGGUGAUGCGAGUGAUGCGUCAUGCGCGCACAGGUGGACGGACAGCGGGGAGUAGGGUGGAAGACUUUGAGGACCCUGCUGGACACAUCUUGUUCCCGUGUCCGUUACGAUUAUAAUACGUGGCGGUACGAACCAUGGUGUCAUAAAGCACCUGAAAGAUAAAGGUACACCCACGGUGUAUUUAUUAGAAUGCGUCUUCUGCGGGUGGAGAAGCUCCGAGGUGAGUUGACUGGGGCGUCCAUGUCCUCGUCAGAAGAGCCGGGCGCACAGUCGGACCACCACCACCCGGUCCCCCCAAGGAUGGACUCCUCUGGCUCCGAGGACAAUCAGUUUUCUCCCGGAGCCCGAAUUCACUCCAAAUCAUCCGGCUACGACGUGCUGUCAGUUCUGGGCCGAGGUGCCUUCGGUAAUGUUGUCAAAUGCAGGAAGACUACUGACAACAAGACGGUGGCGGUCAAGACCAUCAAGAACCACGGUACUUCAGCCAAACGUGCCAUAUAUGAGAUUCUGGCCCUCCUUAAGAUCAAAAAGAUGGAUGCUGACAAAUGCCACCUCGUGCAAUGGAACAGCAUCUUCAGCAUCACCGGCCAUGUUUGCAUUGAAUUUGAGCUUCUGGACAAAAGUCUCUAUGACUUAAUUAAAGAACGGAAUUUCAGACCUCUACAGCUGAAGGAGAUCCGGCCAAUUGUGUAUCAGUUAGCUGACACUCUGAACCAUCUGAAGGCUUCUCAGAUGAUUCACGCAGACCUCAAGCUGGAGAACGUGAUGCUGGUCAACCAUGUGCAGCAGCCCUACAAGCUUAAAGUCAUCGACUUUGGCCUGGCUGCUCAGGUGUCCACCGCCAAACAGGGCUCGCUCAUUCAGACGCUCCCGUAUCGGUCUCCAGAGGUCCUGCUGGGUGCCCCCUUCACAGAAGCGAUAGACAUCUGGUCCGUAGGCUGCAUCGCAGCUUUUUUAUACACAGGCACUCUGCUCUACCCUGGCAAAAGUGAAUACGACAUGAUCAGGUUCAUUGUGGAGACUCAAGGUCAGCCUCCAGAUAACGUCCUAGAAGCGGGACUACAGACGAGCUGCUUUUUCCAGAUGGAACGCAACUUUGCCUGGAAGCUAAAGACACCAGACCAGUACCAGAAAGAGACAAGUUUGGUCCCCAAAGAGACCAGACGAUUUAAGUUCCGCUCGCUUGAUCGCCUUUUGCAUUUCCAGCCCGGCAUCUUAAACACCAGGCACAUUGCAAACAAAGCUGCCAAGACGGCCGACGUGCAGAAGUUCGUAGACCUGCUGAAGGGGAUGCUGCAGCUCGAUGCCUCCCAACGUAUGACGCCUCACCAGGUGCUGGAGCAUGACUUCAGCAGCAUGAGCCACUUGGACCCACUUAAAGACACCAGCUCUCACGUGCAGUCCUGCUUUCACAUCAUGUCCGUCUGCUCCAACAAGACCACGCUGCAGUCCUUCAGCGGGAAAGGGUUCAACUCAUCCGCAUUAGGCGAGCCACACGACGACGAGCCGUGCUGUAGCCCAGCCUCACCAGAACCGUACGAAAUCAUGGCCCAAGAAGAGCGGUCGGACCCAAGUUGACACCGUAAGGCCAGGGAUGAACAGCAUGUGGUGACUAGGGGCCUAUGAAAUCCAUUUUUUAUUUUUUAUUAAAUUACGUUUUUUCCGUUUUAAUUUUUUAAAGUUCAGGUUUUUUUUUUCUUUUUACGCUUAUU